AUGAAGAUGGGAGGCAACACGCCGCACAGAGCCCAGCAGCAAUGCGUCAUUGACCAGGCCGUCGCGGCUCCGGCAACCGCUAGCUGCACCAGCAGCAGCAGCAGCACUAAGCUCUGCAGCAGCAACAACUGCAGCACUAACUGCAGCAGUAGCAGCGCCGGUGGAAGCGUGCACGAAGGACUCUACGGGAGCAACACCAGCAGCCGCUGCAACAGCAGCAGCGGGAGCAGCACCCCGCUUCUACCUGCUGUUCCUCAGAACAGCGCUAUGAGCAGCACCAUGUGCAACAGCAGCAGCGGCAGCAGCAUCCCCAACGUCCCCUUCUGCCUGGGCGCGUCGACGGCAGCAGCCGCAGCAGAUACCUGCUACUGCAAGUUGCUCGUUUCCAAUCAUCUCGCUGGCAUCAUCAUAGGCCAAGCAGGAAACGAAAUACGGACCCUCAAGAGCCUUACAGGAGCCAAAAUUGUCCUCUCUCCCCAUGGAAUGUAUUUCCCUGGGACUUCAGAGCGGGUGGCGGCGUUGGAGGGGCCCGAGACGUCUGUGCUGCACGUUUUAGACUGGCUGUUGGAUAAGCUAGCUGUAGCAAGCGAAGAAGUUGCUAGUGCAAUCCCUCCUCAGCAACAACAGGAACAGGAAAAGAACCAUCAGCAGGAGGAACAACAGCAGCCUCAGCAGCAGCAGCCAGCAGCGGUAUCGUUGCGUCUGUGCGUGCCUCGUGCUGUUGUUGGAUCUCUGAUAGGGAGAAGCGGGGGUUAUAUACAAUCUUUACGCAUAGCCACGGGGGCAUCUAUAAACAUUUCUCCUCUCUUUGUUAGAGCAGAGGAAGCAUGUGCUGAGAGGAUCAUUUCGAUUGAAUCAAGGAAGGCGCAGAGUCUGAGAGCUGCUGCGUUUACUCUUCUUAAGAAGAUAAAUACACAUCCUGAUAAGGCCUCAUGCAGACACGUCUGCUAUUAUAGAAAGCACAGCUUCGAUUCCCCUCUUGCUGAUGCAGUAGCAGCAGCAACAACAAGCUCAGCUGCUGGUGGAGCUGGUGCUGCAGCUGCGGCGCCAAACGCCGAAUUCAGGCUGCGCCAGCUGCAGCAGAACAAGCACCGCGAACAGCAGCAGCAAGUGUUGCAGCAGCAUCUGCAGCAACAAAGGGAACGGGAAAUGAUGAGGCGAAGGGCAAUCUCGCUCGUCAUGGGCAACAGCAACGCUGCUAAUCUCCUCGACAUGCACACCAGCAGCAGCAGCAGCAGCAGCAGCAGCAGCAGCAACAGCAACAUCGCAGCACCAGCGGAAGACGGUUUUGCGGUUGCAUUCAAGCGCUUCUGUGAGGCCCGUGCCACUGCCAAGGCAGCAUCGAAGAACGCUCCUCCUGCUGCUGCAUCAGCAGCAGCAGCUGGAGAAGUUCCUAUGAAGACGGCGCCCAGCCUAACCCGCAGCAUGCGGGAGGUGAUUGAGCAGUCUCGUAGCACCUGCAAGGGGGCAGCAGCAGCAGCUGCAACAGUAGCUGCAGUAGCAGCCCCAGCUGAAGCAGCAGCAGCACCCGUCGGGACAGAAGCAGCUGCAGCAGCAACAGCUGGAAAGGGCCCCGAUGCGCCUUGGGAUCUCGCCACCUGCAGCACUGCAGCUGGCAGCACCGACAAGCUGCCCACUGUCUCCGAAGACAGCAGCAGCACAGCCGAAGCAGAAGCACUAAGACAGCAGCAGCAGCAGCAGCCAAGCCUAACGCUGCUGGUCCUUGUAGCAGUCUUCUUGGCGGCCCUCCUUCACAUCGUCUCACGCAACUGA